AUGAAAAAAACUUUUUGUUGCUAUGGUAAAACAAAGAAAUGGUUAUUUCAUUUCAUAUCAUUUAUCUUAUGUUUAACUUUAUUAUUAUAUCGUACAUUCGAAUGGUUAAAAGCUUAUCAUUUAUUCAUUGAUGAUGAUCAUCAUAUGAAUGGAUUCAUUGACUAUUUACAAAAUUCCUAUUUAAAUAAACACAAUAGGAAUAAUGAAGAUCAUUAUCAUUAUCAUCGUCAUCAUGAGCAGCAGCACCAGCAUCAGCAACAGCACCAACAGUAUCAGGAUGAUAUAAUACAUAGUGAUAAUACAACAUUAAUGGAACCAAAUGUGAUAAUUAGAUUAUGCAAUAUUAAUCCAAUGAGAUUAUCCGCUUUAUUUUCAUUAGUCAAUGGAAGUGAUAUUUAUGCUUAUUUAAUUGAAAAAUAUGGUAAAAUUGAUAUAAUCAAUCUAUUAAAUGAUACAUAUUUAACACCAGAACAAAUUAAACAUAUGGCUCAUCCAUUAUCUACAACAUUGAAAAGUUGUCAAUAUGGUGAUGAUCAAUGUACAAUUAAUGAUUUUAUCUCAAUAUUUACAACACAUGGAUGGUGUUAUCAAUUUCAUUUGAAUUUUUCUAGAACUGCUGAAUUGAAAUUAAUAUUGGAUCCACAAGAAUAUGAUUACAUAAUACCAAAUAAAGGUUAUGUUGGAUUUUAUUUAACUGUACAAAACCAAAAUUGUUCACCUAAGCAACAAUUCAAUAUGGAUAAUAAAGAUCAAUCUAUUAUUGUGGGACCAAAGUUUCAUUCGUAUAUUAGUAUACAACAACAAUAUUUUGUCAGAAGUGGAAAUCAUUUUGGAACAAAGAUUAAAGAUAUUUGCCCAGCAUUUAAUAUACAAUCAGUUGUACAACUAGAAAAGCUUCCAAUCCAAAUACGUUUAUUACAGAAAUUCAAUACGAAUUUAUUCAAACGAAACGGUACUGUAGUUCAAUAUGGUAUACUCUAUCAACAGAAAGCAUUAUUACAAAUUUAUAAUCGUACAGCUUAUGAUUUAAUUAAAAAUUUAUCUAAAGAAUUAUAUCACGCUAAAUUAUUAACAAAAUUUACUAUUCAAUCUAUUUGGAACUUAUACAAGUACUUGAAAUAUUUCAAUCCAAUCAAAUCCAUUCAUAAUACGAUUAAUCAUAAUAAUAAUCAUCAUCAUCAUUGUUAUACUAAAGUAUAUCAAUUAUUCACUUCAAUUAGUAAAGAUAUUUUAUCAAAGAAUACUUUAUCAAUUAUGGAUCCAGAUCAAGAUCAACAUCAAGAUCAAGAUCAUGAUGACGAUGAUCAUCAACAUUAUCAUCAUGAAGAAAAUCAAUAUUUUAUAUAUAAUCAUACAUUAGAUCAUAUUGAAUUACAAUUAAUUAAUAGUUUUUUUGAAACAAAAGUAAUUGUAUCACCAAGUUCUUCAUUAUUACGUAAGAUAUUAACAGUGGUUAUGAAAUUUCGUUAUCUUCUAUCAAAUUAUAGUAAUUUAUCAUCUACAAUUAUAUCUAAUAAGAAUAGAUCAUCCAUGUCCAAUAUCAAUUCAUUUAUGGAUAAUACUACUCAAUUUAGAUCACAAUUUCAUAUCAUGAAUUGUAGUCAUUUAAUUCCAUAUUAUAAUGAACAAAUGAAUAAAUGUGGUGAAACAGCUAGUGGUGCAUUAACAAGAUUAGAUUAUGUGAAUUUACAAUUACAUAAUUUAAUUAAAAAUAAUCAUUUCAUACGUUUAAUACAUCCGAAACAUUCUUAUCCUUAUACAGAAUUAUCUAUAUCAAGUGUGUGUGUGGGGGGGGGUAUACGUUUAUAUAUACAUAAUAAUAAUAAUAAUAAUAAUAAUAAUAAUAAUAAUAAUAAUAAUAAUAAUAAUAAUAAUAAUAAUAAUAAAGAUUUACUACUUACAAUAUUUAUAAGUAUAUUCACUUUAUAUUUAACUUUAUUUAUCAUCAUCGAAUAUUGUUCAUUUAAACAAACCACCAAAUUAACCAAUCAAAUUUGUUUAAAAUGUCAAUCAACCAAUCAAAAUGUAUAUCAUCCUCAUCCUCAUCGUCAUGACGAUGAGGAGGAUGAUUCAUGUAAUCUAUUAUCAAUACAACAAUAUAAUCAGUUGACAUCAUUUGAAACACUGCCACCAAAUAAUAAUAAUAAUAAUGGUGAUGGUUACUAUCCGAGAUGUACACAGAGAUACCAUGAUAGCAACAGAAAGAAUUUUACUUACUCAAAAUAUGGUAAACACGAUCUAGACGAAGCUUUCAGUAAUAAUAAUAAUAAUGGGUUGAAUUCAUUUAUCCCUCAUAAAUUAGAACACCAUUACACAUAUGAUCAUCCAACAUCUCUAUUGCAUACAUCAAAUGUUAUGUAUAAAUGUGAUAAUCUAUGUCGAACUAAAGCAUAUUUACAUGAUGAAAAUAUUGAUGAUAAUGAAGAUGGUGAUAGAAAUACAAUUUGUAUUCCAACUCAUGUACAUAGUUUAUCUUUCCCAAGAAUCGAAACAUUCAAUGAUGAAAAUAUGAAUAAAACAAUUUUAAUCACACCGAAAUUAAUUAAUACCCCAUAUUCUUGUCGUACUUCUUCAACAUCUUCAUCAUCCAAGUAUAAUUUACAUUCAUCAUAUUGUAAAUAG